AUGAAUGGAUUUUUCCAAAUCAAUACGUAUUACAAUGAGUUUAAGCAAGAAGUGGACGCUGGUUAUGCCGCUGCACCGAUACAACAACAAACCCAGCAGACGCAGCAACAGCAUCAGCAUUCCCAGCAGCCAGCAGCAUCAUCGCAACAAAUCGCCGUUAGUGACGGUAGCAUCACGUCCACUGAGCUCCCGCUGAGUAGGAAGCACCCACACUUGACAAAGAACCAGCGAAGGUUUUUGAACGAAAGUGACGAAGCGCGUGAGAAGCGGCUGGCCCGGAACGCGGAGCGUAUGCGCCAGAAGCGGGCAAUGGAAACGGAGGAGCAGAGUCGAAAACGUAUGGCCGAAAACGCGGAACGAAUGCGAAGAAAACGAGCAGCCGAAACGGAGACAGAAUAUCGAUCGAGAAUGGAGCGGAACGCGGCCUUCAAGAUGACCGACGAGUAUCGGCGUCGCCUGACCGAAAAUGCCGAACGCAAUCGAAGAAGGCGCCAGAAUGAGACCGACCUGGAGCGAAGCAUUAGGCGGGCAAGGAGUGCCGCACGGGAACGGUUGCGACGUGCGAUGGAAACACCGGAACAGCGAGCCGUGCGGCUGGCGAAGCUGGCCGAAAGAAUGCGUAUGACGCGCGAGCGUUUAUGGACAACGAUCGAAACGCCGGAACAGCGGGCCGAACGUUUGUCAAAGCUGGCCGAACGGAUGCGCUACGCGCGGGCGAAUGAAACACCGGAACAACGGGCAACCCGGUUGGCGAAAAAUGCUGCCCGCGCACGCCAACGGUUCUUAAACGAAUCACCCGAACAGUGGAUCGAACGGAAGCGAAAAAAGGCGGAAUAUGCGCGCCAGAAACGUGCGGCCGCAGCUGCUGUGGGUGGCAGUGGCAAUGGGUCUGUCUCGUCAAGGCCAACCACCACUACACCCGGUAGUCAUGCCUCCAGCAGUUUACAGCACACACCGAUCGGUUUUCCGGGCCAUGCACCGAUAACGUUGCCAGAAACGAUUCUCCAUACGAGCGGGCCACAGCCCACCAGUAGCUCGGGCAAUGCGUCAGCAUCAUCGUUCGUGCUGAGCAUAAAGGACAGCAAAGGGACAUCCAUGUCGUCGAAGCACGCGACCCCGAGUGGCACUGUGCAGUUGCAACCAGAACAAAUCUAUUCCACACCGCAGGUUAUAUUUAGCGGUGCCGAUAUUAAACCACACGAUCUGCUGAACGGGCAACACCUGAUGAUGCAGGGUGACCCGAACUGUUCCAGCAAUCUAUACAAAUUGCACAUACUGCCGUACCCGUUCCCGACGUCCACGGCAUCGAGUGGUGCCGCAUCGCACAUGGAUCAGCCGAGCACGUACAAGAGCAAAUAA